CCCUCGGCAUCUCGGCCGGCUGAGGAAUGAACCUCCAAAUGGGCUGAAGUAGCCAUCACGUGUCUAGACGGUGGCCGGGGCCCAAGUAGUCCACUUAUUUCGGCCGACCCGACGCGGACAAAUCUGAGCCCGCCAAGCGAGUUGCAGAAUUCAAAGCCGAAGGAUCCAUAACGGAGCGAACGUCUGCCCCCGACAUGGGUAAAUACAACAAUUACACGGCCCACUUUAAGCUGUGCGUUGUAUCCUUUUCGGAAACAAAUGGCGUCCGGGCGGCGGUGCGGGAAUUUUCGGUGGAUCCCAAGCAGUUGCGAUACCAGUGGAAAUAGAAGGAGCAGCUGAUCCAUGCUAAGGCGACGUGCCGGGCCUUCCGGGGCCCAAAGGGUGGGAAAUACCCCGAGAUCGACAGCAGGAUCUUGGAAUAACGUGACCGAGCUGAGGGACAGCAGGCACGCCCUGUUGCCCGAGAGGCUCAAAACCGAGUCCCGGGAAGUCGCCAGGGAACAAAAUAUCGCCGAAACGGAGUUUAAAGCAAGUCGAGGCUGGAUGAGCUGCUUCAUGCGGCAGAACAACCUGCGCCUCCGGAGACGCGCGGUGCUACACCGGCGGUUGCCAGAAGGUUUUCCUCGCGAGGUGUUGGAGUUUCAGAAAUCCCUAAAGAGGCGACGCCUAGAGUGGGAUUACUUCCCGUCAUGGACGGGGGACGCGGCAGAUCGGAAGACGGAGAAGGUUCGUUCGUUCGUAUUUAUUCUCAUUCAUUCCUUAAUUCGUUCGGAAGACGGAGAAGGUGGAGGCCCGGGUGCACGAACUGCUGGCCGAGGACACGGUGUUCCCGGGAGCCGCGGAGGAGUCAUUCCCGUCACCCUGCGUCGGCUUCUCAUGGAUAGGUUCUCAUCUCCCAGAGAGGAGGCCGGGAAAUCAAGCAACGGCCCCUGCGCCUCGGAAAACCAGUGCUCGGUGUGGCCCCUGGGAGUAGCAUUAUUCCCUCCCAGGACCUCUGGGAAUACCUGCAGCCAGGUAUCCCCUUCUCCGAAGGCCCGAGCGAUGGACGGGUUCUCAGAGCGAUGGACAGGGGACGGUGACAUUGGGGGACAUGGCAAUGACUUUCACCCGCAAAGAGUGGCGGCCUCUGGACCUCACCCAGCGCAACCUCUGUCGGGACACGAUGCUGGAAAACUAUCGGAACCUCACCUCGCUGGGCAAGCACUCGGGCUCUUUGGGACGUUGACAAUGCUUCAUUGGCACGCCUUGAUCUCAAGCGGAAAGUCAAAUCCUUCCACGAAGAUAGUCUUCUUGAAGAAACUUCACGACGAGGAAAUCCAGGAGCUGCAGGCCCAGAUUCAGGAACAGCACAUCCAAAUCGAUGUGGAUGUGGCUAUGCCCGAUCACACUGCUGCCCUGCGUGAUGUUCGCCAGCGGUACCAAAAUGUGGCUGCAAAGAACGUCCAUGAAGCUGAAGAAUGGCACAAAUCCGAGUUUGCUGACCUCUCUGAAGCUGCUAGUAGGAACAGUGAUGCCCUGCGCCAGGCCAAGCAGGAAUCAAAUGAGUAUCGCUGAACAAAUCUCUGGAGCACCAGAUGCGUGAGAUGGAGGAAAACGUUUCGGUUGAAGCUGCUAACUACCAAGACACUAUUGGCCGCCUUCAGGAUGAAAUCCAGAACAUGAAGGAAGAGAUGGCUCACCACCUGCGUGAAUACCAGGACCUGCUGAAUGUCAAGAUGGAUUACCCUGCCAGUUCCAAGCUUUUCUUCCUUGAACCUGAGAGAAACCAACAUUGACUCCCACCCUCUAGUGGACACCCAUCCCAAGAGAAC